AUGUCUGGUUAUUACCGCAGUAGCUUUGGCGCUAGCUUUGGAGACGACGACGACGAGGAGGAUAGCAAUGGUCAGCGUGGCCAAUGGUAUGGGUACUCAAUCUACCAUGAUCACAAUGGUCGCCAUCAUGAGUCGGGACACGGUCCAUAUAGUCCUUCUUCGCCCAGCCGACGUGGUGGUCGGAUGAGCGGCAUGUCCUUGGGUACGCCUGGCAUGCGUAGUAUGGGUGGUAACAGUGGUGAGCGAGGUGUUCCUCGCCGUACCCUGUCCUAUGAAGAACUCAACUACGACUCCGACGGCUCGUCAUUCUCCUUCGACGACGAUAGUGGAUCCGUCCACUACAUCGACCGCACCAACAGUACCGCUCGCACCAACCGUACCGCUCGCACCACCCGUGCUAAUGGUACUCCCCCUCCAGCGUUAUCCAGUGAUCGCGCUACUACCUUCAUGGAGCAGCACACCGACUUCCUCUCCCACGGCGAUACCACCGACCCCCCAAACACAGAGUGCCCCAUCUGCCUUGAAGGUAUCGAGGAGCACAUCUGUGUCCGUAUUACGGGCAUCGAAGGCUGUCAUCACAUGUUCGGCCUCGAGUGUCUUCAGGAGCUCCUAAAGCACCAGCCCCAUAAGAAGAAGGAGUGCCCGCUCUGCCGCAACGAGUGGAUGCCCGAGGAGGGCAUAUGGCAAGACGACGAGCGCUUGACGCGCCGUCGUGGUCAUGGUGCCGUUCGUCCCACGCGCCAGCCUACUACUUCAGGAGGUGGUAGAGAUACCCGGCCACGCACACCGCCUGCUUUCGUACGUGCGCCUCGCGGCCCUUAUAUGGGCUCUGUACGCGAUGCUCAGUUCACUCGUGCGGGUCGUGAGUACACGGGGCCUGUUCACUCCGGCAUGUCCGUUUUCGACCGCUUUGCUACGCGUCGCCCACCCCCUUCGCCGCUUCUACAGCGUGUUAUUCGUCGCCAGCCCUCUUACGAUACAGACGAGGAUAGCGAGACUAUUCGGUCGCCGCUUAGAAUUCGCCGCGUUCGUCGCAGUGGGCAUGGUGGUUCCUACGCUCAUGGACAUGGUGGCGGAUACGGUGGGUUCCGCGGUUACUGA